CAUGGGUUCUUCUUCUAGAAAUCUGUAUGCAGGAAUAGGUGAAGGGCAAUCAACCACACGGCCACCUCUUUUUGAUGGAACCAAUUAUACAUAUUGGAAAGAACAAAUGAGAAUCUAUAUUCGUUCCACAAACUUCCAAUUAUGGUUGGUUAUCAAAAAUGGGGAAGAGGUGCCCAUGAAGAAAGUCGGAGACAAGUUGAUCCUCAAGACCGAAGAUGAAUUUGAUGCCGAGGACAUCAAAAAGGUCAAGAAUUAUGCAAAGGCAAUAAACAUGCUUUAUUGUGCCGUAAACCCUGAUGACUACCGCAAAAUCUCCUGCUGCUCAACCGCCAAGGAGAUGAUGAAGGAGCACGAGAAGAUUGACGACAUGUUCGACCGAUUUUCCAAGAUAGUCAACGAUCUCCAUGCAUUGAAGAAGACGUACACCGACAGAGAUCUUGUACGAAAGAUCCUACGGAGCUUGACAUCCGAAUGGCGAUUCAAGGCUGAUGCCAUCUAUGAAGUCAAGCUGGUCAUGAAGAAGUUUUGUAAACUUCUAAGGAAGAAAGAGAAGGUUGAGGAUGGUCCUGUGUGCUAUGGAUGUGGUGAAGCCGGGCACAUCAAAAACAAAUGCCCAAGAAGCGGAAGGAAUGCUCGUCACUUCAAAAAGCAAAAAGCAUAUAUAUCGUGGGGUGGCGACUCCGGCGACGAGUCAACCGACCAAGAAGAGGAUGAAUCCGCCAACCUUUGUCUCAUGGAACACGAAGACCAAACCGACGAUGUACAAGAGAAUGGGGAAGAAGUACCCAUGAAGAAAGUUGGGGAAACCACCGUUCCCAAAACCGAAGACGAAUACGAUGCGCAGGAUAUCAAGAAAAUAGAGAACAACGCCAAGGCUAUCAACAUUCUUUAUUGUGCAGUAAACCCGGAUGACUACCGGAAGAUCUCUUGUUGUUCCACCGCCAAGGAAAUGUGGGAUAAGCUAGAAAUCGCAUAUGAAGGUACGGAUCAAGUCCGAGAAGCUAAGAUAGAUUUUCUAACCCAUGAGUAUGAACUAUUUCAUAUGAAGGAGAAUGAGAAAAUCGACGAUAUGUUUGAACGAUUUUCAAAAAUCUUAAAUGAUCUUCAUGCUCUCAAGAAGACAUACACGGACAAGGAGCUUGUAAGAAAAAUCCUGCGGAGUCUCACACCGGAAUGGCGCUCCAAAGCCGAUGCUAUCCAAGAAUCUAUCAGCAUCACCAGUGUCACCAUUGACGGGCUUAGAGGUGACCUCAAAACCUAUGAGUCUACCAUUCUUUACCCCUCUUUAGGUGAACAAAAGAAGAAUGGGAUUGCACUCAAGGCGUCCACAAGUCAAGAACGUGAUGUGGAGGACUCGAGUGACAAAGACGAGUUCGGGAUCGUGCUCAAGAAAUUCCAUAAGUUCAUGAGCCAAGAGUAUGAACGGAAAGGAAAGAAGCAAGGAAUUGAGAGGUUCCACAACAUCUUCCUCACGAAGGAGAUCGUCUCUCCCAAGAUCGUGAACAAGGACCUCUUCAAAUCGGCGACCUAUGCCCCGAGUAAGUCUAUAUUCCUUCAGCAAGGCUUGCUUCGUUUCAUUCAUUUGACGUAUGAAUUUUUCUGUCCAAAUCUUAUACGUCAAUUUUAUGCAAAUCUUCGUACCACUAAGGGAAGUUUGCCAUCUCUCAUUUCCUAUGUUGACGGCAAAACCGUUUUCAUUGACGGUGUCGGUUUGACUUCUUUGUUUGGCCUUCGUCGCGGUGAUAUUACCGAAAACUUGGAUGAAACAUUCCAAGAUGAGGCAAUAUGGCGACAACUCGGGUUAGAUCAUCGUGACCUCAAGUUUAGAAACUCUAGUAACCCGAGUGUCAUUAAUCUCACUUUGAUUCAACGCGUCCAACAAUACAUCUUCUCAUAUGUUUUGUUGCCCCGUGAUUCGAACCAUGGCGUCGUCAACAAGGACGAUAUUCCUUUGUUUCACGUCCUGUUGAACAAUGUCAAAUUUGAUUGGGUUCACUUCUUUAUCGUUGCACUUAGCGAUGGCACUCGUUUUUCCCAUCUUCGUUUUGCCAUCCCCAUUAUGCAUAUCCUUGCUCAUUGCAAAAUAGACUUUACUCGGGACACUCAGGUACCGGUCAAGAAGACGUGUUUCAUCACUGAAGCCAAGUUUUCCUGGAUCGUGUAUCGAGAGGAGGGCGAUGCUGCACCAAAUCUGGACUUGAUAGUCGCCGAAGAAGAAGAAGAAAGCCAAAACGAGAAUCAAGCUGAGUCAUCUCAAGCCGGAGGUAGUCGAGCCACGGAGCGCGUCACUCGUCAACGGAGGACUCGUCCGAGAGAAGAAGCACCGGAACCAUCUUGGGUGAAGAAGAUCUUCGAUACUCUCACGUGCAUCCGAGAUGCCGUUCGCCAGCUCAACGAGAGGAUGACUCGUCUUGAGCAAUCUCGCUCCUACCGUGGCCCGCGUCACAGCUUCAGCGGAGGAGCUCGUCCAGCGAACUCUCUUUGAUUAUUUUCUCUUCUAUCUUAACUUUUUAUGAUACAUUGUUAUUUGCUAUUGUUGUUAUAACUCUUUUGGUGAAUGAUGUUGUUGCUAAUAUGGUUCUCUUUUAGUACUUAUUGUCCCUUUGUGGCAAUUCGUGUUAGAAGUUCUCUUGAAAACUCUUACAAUUUUUUUUUCCUUCAAAAUCCCGGCAUCAAUUAAGGGGGAAGGUUGUCGGUUGAUAAUGCCAAAAGGGGGAAGGAAGGAUCGUUGAGAAAACUUGUUUUUCAAAUUUGUUUUUCCGCUUAUCACUCCGAUUAUUUUUUUUGCUGCACUUCUCUAACCUUGCAGGGGGAAUCAAUUAAGGGAAGUAUU